AUGAAAAUCUCAAAAUUAACAACAAAUGACUUCGUUAAUCUACUUAAACAGUCCCAUCAUACAAUUAAAGCAAAGAAACUCUCUUCAAUCAUUCGUGAUUCUAAUGUUUCUAUAGAUGACAUGGAAGAUAUCAUUUCAACACUUAAAUCGGUUAAAAAGUACAUGAAAUUCAAGAUUUUUAAUGGAAUUAUUGACUUUUUAGAACAUCAACAACAAGAUACACCUGAUCCUCCAACGAUUAUGCAUAACAAAGAUACACCUGAUCCUUCAAAGAAUAUUCAAAAUCAAAAAAGUGACAAGCAAGCUAAAGAAAAAGGGGGAUUAUUCAAAAGGCUUUUCCAUGGAAAAGACAAGCAAGCCAAAGAAGAAAAGGCGAAAUCAAAAAGUGAUCACCAAAAGAAAGAAGAAAAGAACAAACAUUCCAAAGAGGAGACCAAUGCAAAAGAUCAAAUUGAUAACGAUAUUCUGGCAAAAAUUGCUGAACUUAAGAAUUCUGAUGAUUUCGAUAGUAUCUAUUAUUUCUUUAAUGACCUUUCAAAGCAAGAUAAACAAGCAGCUAUUUCGAAAUCAUGUGCCGAAGGACUUUGGAAUGCAAGAAAUGAAGAUGACGGCGGAAACGUACUUCAUGUAGCAUGCGAAGAUGGAAACUUCAAACUUGUCAAAUAUCUUAUUGAAAGUGGAUGCGAUAAAGAAUCAAAAUCUAAUAACGGUAACACUCCACUCAUUGUUGCAUCUUCUGAAGGUCAUCUUCAAAUUAUUGAAUAUCUUAUCUCUGCAGGAUGUGACAAAGAAGCAAAGCACAAUACAAGAAAUACUCCACUCACAAUGGCGUCACGCCGUGAUAAACUUCAAAUUGUUGAUUAUCUUAUCUCUGUAGGUUGUAAUUUAGAAGGACGAGAUGAUGAAGGAAAUACUCCACUCAUUUUAGCUUCACGCAAUGGUCAUCUUGAAGUUGUUCAAUUCCUUAUUGAAGCAGGAGCUAAUAAGGAUGCAAAGAAUUUCAAAUAUCAAACUUCAAUAGAUUGUGCAUCUCAAGAAGAUCAUCCUGAAAUUGUUAAAUAUCUUUCCUCAUGUGAAUGUGAUUCUAUAAUAAGAGAUCCUAUUCGAGCAAAAAUUUAUAAACUAAAGGAUUCAAAUAAUUUCGAACAAAUCUACAAUUUCAUGAAAAUGCUUUCAUUACAAGACAAUCAUAAUAUGUUUUCAUUGGCUUGUAAAGAGGGGCUUUGCGAAAAGAGAAAUGCAUCCUGGAUGGAUGUACUUCAUGUUGCAAGUAAAGAAGGAAAUAUCCAACUCGUAAAGUCUCUUUUAAAAUGCAGAUGCUAUAUAGAAAAUAUAGAUCAAAAUGGAAAUACUCCACUCAUAAUUUCGUCACUUUUUGAUAAACAAGAAGUUGUCAAAUAUCUAAUCUCUGCUGGAGCAGAUAAAGAAGCGAAGAAUAAAGAUGGAAAUACACCACUCAGUAUUGCAACAAAAGAAGGCCAUCUUGAAGUUGUCAAAUAUCUUAUUUCUGUUGGAGCUAACAAAGAAGUAAAAGAUAAAGAUGGAAAUACAUUACUUAUUAUUGCAACAAAAGGAGGUCGUCUUGAAGUUGUCAAAUAUCUGAUUUCUAUUGGUGCUGAUAAAGAAGUAAAAGAUAAAGAUGGAAAUACACCACUCAUUGAAGCAUCUAUUUUAGAUAAACUUGGAAUUGUCAAAUAUCUAAUCUCUAUUGGAGCAGAUAAAGAAGCGAAGAACAAUGAUGGAGAUACACCACUCAGCAUUGCAGCAAAAGAAGGCCAUAUUGAAAUUGGAAAAUACCUUCUCUCUAUUGGAGCUAAUAAAGAAGGAAAAUCGAUAGAAUUUCUUCUCGAUCAAAUUGAUAAAGAAACUCUAUCGAAACUUAUGAAAUCUGAUAAUCUUGACGAUCUCUACAAUUUCCUUGACCAACUUUCAUCAUCAGGGAGAUUUUCAAAGGCCUUUGAUCCCUUAUUUUGCCAAAGGAUAGAUAAUUCGAGCUGA